AUGGCUCUCAAUGAAACAGGUGUGAUCGCAGCGCCUCCAGGUGUCACGCCAGACUUUACGCAUCCAGCACAGCACCUACACACCGCAAACCGCGUGGUGGUCAUUGUGGGAUUGACGGUCAGCGCGAUAUGUCUCCUGGUGCGAAUAUAUAGCCGAGUGGCGAUUGUGAGGAAGUGGAUGCUGGAUGACACCGUGCUUGUACUGUCUUGGAUGUUCGCCGCGAUAACGCAAUCUGUCUUGCUAUACGGUUAUACUCGGGCUGGACUGGGAAUCCAUCAAUGGGAACUCACAGUAGAAGAAUAUAACAAGUCUUUGAAGGUUCUCAUAGCUGGCGCAGUCAUGUACAUUCCAGCCCUUGGACUUUCCAAAAUCGGUCUGAUCAUACUCUACUAUCGCCUGUCAGAUAUGCAACGUAGCUGGCGGAUUAUCCUCUGGAGCUUCACAUUCUUCGUCAUAGCCUAUAUGAUCGUUCUCGAAUGUUUGUUCCUGUUUGGUUGCAGUCCCAUUCAGAAGGCUUGGGAUGUGGCACUAGAGGGGCAGUGUAUCAGUCGCGCAUCCAUUUUCAUGGCUGGCACGUGUGCCAGUAUCUUCAUCGAUAUUGUGCUAGUGAUCACCCCCCUCCCGGUGAUUAUGGGGUUGAACAUGGCGCCCAAAAAGCGCGCGGGGGUUGCCUGCAUGUUUGGGCUUGGUGGAUUAUCGUUAAUUACCAGUUGCAUGCGACUGGCUUCGGUGGUUUCGAUGCUGCAUUCCAACGACGAAUCCUACCAGCUGGGGGCUAUGGUGUUAUGGAUGUAG